AUGGCACCCAAGGAAUUACUCCUGUCCGCCACCCUCCUCUUGCUUCUCCUCCGAGCUGCCACCGGGAACCUCCGGCACGAAAACGUCAUCGAUCGGUGCUGGCGCGGCCAGAGCAACUGGGCCACCGACCGGCAGCGGCUCGCCAUGUGCUCCGUCGGCUUCGCGGGGAAGAUGCGGCAGAACCGCGGCCACGGGGUGACCAUGUACACGGUGACCGACCCAAGCGACGACCCCGUGCGGCCCAGGCCCGGCACGCUGCGGUACGGCGCGACGGUGCUACCGGGAAAGGUCUGGAUCACCUUCCAGCCGGGCACCAUGCACAUCAGGCUGGCGCAGCCGCUCUUCGUCAAGAGCUUCACCACGAUCGACGGCCGUGGCGCCGACGUGCACGUCGCCGGGGGCGCCGGCAUUGUGCUCUACGAGGUGAGGAACGUGGUCAUCCACGGGCUCCACGUGCACGGCGUCCGCGCGCAGCCCCCCGGGCAGGUCGUCCGGCCCGGCGGCGCCGUGCAGAACAUGGACGUCGGCGACGGCGACGCCAUCCGGCUGCUGUCCAGCUCCAAGGUGUGGAUCGACCACAACACGCUAGCGCGGUGCGAGGACGGCCUGCUGGACGUGACGCUCGGGUCCACGGACGUGACCGUCUCCAACAACUGGUUCCACGACCACGACAAGGUCAUGCUGCUGGGCCACGACGACCAGCACGUCGCCGACCGCCGGAUGCGGGUCACCGUGGCGUUCAACCGCUUCGGGCCCCACGUGAACCAGCGCAUGCCGAGGAUCAGGCACGGCUACGCCCACGUCGUCAACAACUUCUACGACGGGUGGAGGGAAUACGCCAUCGGAGGAAGCAUGGGGCCGACUGUCAAGAGCCAGGGCAACCUGUUCAUCGCCUCCACAACAGACAGCGCCAAUGUGACGAGAAGGAUGCCUCUGGUCGGACAUGCCGAGGGUAAGGACUGGCAUUGGCACUCCAGUGGGGACUCGUUUGAGAACGGCGCCGUCUUUAAGCAGACCGGCAGCAGGGUGCGGCCGAAAUACAACAGGCACCAGGCAUUCCCAGCGGCGAGCUCCGGCGAGGUGAGAUCGCUGACCAAGGACGCCGGUGCUUUGAGGUGCUCCGCCGGGGCCGCGUGCUGA